AUGCGCCCAGAGCACCAAGGGGCAGGGGGCCCUCCGCGGCCUGAUGGCGCUCACCUCGUCGCUCCUGGGGCGUGUGCUUCCCUGAGAACAUCCCCUGGGCAUUCGUCACAGGAUAUUCAGAGCCUCCUCGGGUCUGUGCAUCAGAGGGCUAAUCUGGGCCAGGUCUCCGAGCCAGGGUUCUGCAGCACGCUCCCCAGCACCAACUCACGUCUCCUUCUACGGCCGCGCGGGUAUAGGAAGAAUCGGAUCACAAGGCAUGCACGGUUUUGGAACCGGAUCUCUUCAUUUAAUGAUACGGUGCAGACAGUUUUCGUCUCCCACAGACACUUAUCUACGGCAGGGUUUUCAGGUCGUUCCUGGGGAGAGUCAAUCCUGUGGCUGCUCUGCACGGAAGUUAAAGGCUGCGACCUUCCUGGCACGAUGAGCAAUGGAGCCAGGUGCCCUCGGGUCCCCCGCUCAGAACCCUCCGCCGCCUCUGGACCAGGGAGACUGGAGAGAGAAGGCGCCCUCAGGUGUGAGGCAAGGGAGCCGGCUGCAGGCGCUCGUCCCACAAGCCUCGUGUGGGACAGCAGUGUGCACAGAUGUCGCUUCCCAGUCCUCCUGAUCAGCUCUUUAUGGACGCCUCCCUGGAAACCAGGGCUGCACCCUGGCCCCCCCUCAGGAGGUGGAAGGAGCAUAAGAGAGUGACCAUGACAAUGAAGGAAGUCAUGCUGCACGCUGCCUGGGCCUCCCGAGCCCCUCCCUGUGAAAUUAGUGCCCAGAUCUGCCCCUUUCCCAAGGGGGUCAUGCCACUCUAGCCCUCGCUGUACCUAGGCUGGGUGAGGGCAGGAUCUGCCCUGCUGGCUAUGGGACCUCAGGCCCCCGGCACAGGCUGGCACCGAACGGGCUGCCCACUAAUAUGUGAGUUAACUCCCAUCUUAGAGCGUGGGCCACACGCUGGACAUGCCUGGAGAGCACACCCUGCACAGGAGCCUCAGCUGUAUCUCCGCUGUUGCCCAAUCCCAGGGCAGCUUGCUUAUGCUUCGCAAAGAACUCCAUCCGGGCCUCUUUUGUAAUGAGAGACUGGUUUAUUCCCGUGCCCCCUGGGAAAACUGGCAAGAAGUAUGGCUCUUUGAAACAUCAGGAUUUCGAGGCCUGAGAAGUAAUCCACCAGCAACGGUCCGCAGAUCAGCGAGCAAAAGCGGGACAUACUCGGGGCACGCGGAGGACAGAGGUGGAGUGGGGGAGCACUGGGCAGGGAGGCCUUCAGAGACAGACAGCACCAAUGACAGGGGAGCUGACGGGUGCCGGCAGCUUCACAGACAAUGAGGGAGCCCCCCCAGUUGAGUUUAAGGGCAAGAAUGUCAACGUGGAAGUUACAGAUGGGGCUUUUCGAAAUAGCUGUCACACGCUGAGAUACGGUGGUAUGACUGUAGUUUCUGUUAAGAUCAGGUAAGAGAUCUGGACCCUUGCCUUUCAUUGCUCCAGAACUGAACAUGCACGCCCUCCAAAGCGAGCACAGGGAACCCAGUCACUGCUGUGACAUCUGUGGCCGGUGAGCCAAGGGCUGCCCACAGGAGGGAGGAGUGACCUCUCACCAUCCUUACUCUCUCUGAGCCGUGCGGGGCGGGGACGCCUCUGCCAGGCUCCUUCCUGUUCGGAUGGUCGCCAGCCCUCGGCAACUCUUCUGUGGGCCUGAGAAACACUGAGAAGAGAGCUGGCAGCCUCUGUGGCUUCUCCCAGGAGCACGAUGAAGGUCCUCCCUGGUCUGAGCACGGCCACGCCUGGCCCCUCACGAAGAGGACUCCCGCUGUGCCAGGAACUUUGCAGGGCCUGCCGUCAACUACUAGGAUCCGAAUCAAUGUACAUUCUACAAUAAACCUGUUGUGGAAAAGGGCCCGUGUGGCACAUUAAUAAAAUGCAGUCUUUUUUAAAAAUUUUCAUCCAAGUUAGCAUCUAGUGUAAGAAUGAUUUCAGGAG